AUGAAGGAUCCAUUUGAUGGACUUCCAACUUAUUCAUCAUUAUCACCUGAUGAAAACCAAUCAAAUAUUGAUAAUACAUCAACAUCAUACAUUCCUAUUUCGGAUUUUCGACGAAAUGAAGCACGUCCAGUAUUACCUGAUAAUGAUCGACAUAAAUCAAUUUAUCAUCAACCUAGCUUAACAACAUAUAAUCCAGUAGAAAGACAUAGAAAACGUCAUCGUCGUUCACAACAAUUAGGAGAACCAAGCAAUGUGACAUCUAAAUUAGCUCCAAGCAGCGAGACUGAUGAAUCAUAUGAAAUUGACGAUCCAAGUGCACGUAUACAAUUUUUACUUGGUGAUGAAGAUCAAGAUGAUGAUGAUGAAGAACAUAAACCACAUGAUUUAUUUAUUGAACUUAAUGAAUUAAGAUGUGAGGGUGAAAAACUAAAUGAAUCAGGUGAAUCUAUUGAUCAAGGUUGGAAAGAAACAGCAAGAUGGGUUAAAUUUGAAGAAGAUGUUGAAAGUGGUGGUCGAUGGAGUAAACCACAUGUUGCUACAUUAUCAUUACAUUCAUUACUUGAAUUACGAAAUUGUAUUUUAAAUGGAAGUGUUAUUCUUGAUAUGCAAGCUGAUCAAUUUCCUACAAUCAUUGAUAUGAUUCUUGAUAGUAUGAUUUCUAAUAAAUCAUUAUCACCUGAAAAACGUUGCGUUACACGUAAUGCUCUUUUACUUAAACAUAUACAUCAGCAUGAAAAAGAAUUUCAUCGACAUUUACAUACACAAGAAAUUAGAAAACCAUUACCAUUUACACGUUCAUUAGCUGAAUUAACACGAAUUCGUUCACAAAAAGAUGUUACUAUGUCAAGUGUUGAUCAAAUGCCAUCAACAACACCUCCUGGAACACUCAAUCAUAAUCUAACAUUAACCAAUAGACUUAGUGUUGGGGAUCAAUCAAAAAUUCGUAUGGGUGAAAAUGAUGAAUUAGGAACUAGUUUUUCAGCAAAUGAAUCACGUGUUAAAAUUAAUUUAUCAUUUAUGAAAAAAGUUCCACCAAAUGCUGAAGCAACAAAUGUUUUAGUUGGCGCUGUAGAUUUUCUUCAAACACCUGUCUAUGCAUUUGUUCGUCUAUCAAAAGGUGUUACAAUACCAGAUCUUAUUGAAGUACCAUUACCAACACGUUUUCUUUUUGUUUUAAUUGGACCAUCUAGUGAACAUUAUCGUUAUCAUGAAAUAGGACGUUCUAUAGCAACAUUAAUGUCUGAUGAAAUUUUUCAUGAUGUUGCUUAUCGAGCUCGAAAUCGACAAGAUUUACUUGCAGGAAUUGAUGAUUUUCUUGAUCAUGUUACAGUUUUACCACCGGGUGAAUGGGAUCCUACAACACGUAUUGAACCACCUAAAAGUGUACCAAAUAAAGAAGAUCGACUUGAUAGAAAUAAAAUAAAUGGUAUACCACAAACAGCUGAACCGGAACAUCAUGAACAUGAAUUAGAUCCAUCAUUAACAAGAACAGGAAGAUUUUGUGGAGGUCUUAUUAAUGAUAUAAAACGUAAAUCAAAAUUUUAUUGGUCAGAUUUUACUGAUGCUAUAUCAUUUCAAUCUGUUGCGGCAAUAAUAUUUCUCUAUUUUGCUUGUUUGUCACCAAUAAUUACAUUUGGUGGUCUUUUAAGUACAGCAACUGAUAAUAAUAUGGCUGCAAUUGAAAGUCUUCUAUCAGGUGCAAUUUGUGGUUGUUUAUAUCAUUUAUUUGCUGGUCAACCAUUAACAAUUUUAGGUAGUACUGGUCCUGUACUAGUUUUUGAAACUAUUGUUAAUCAUUUUUGCACUAAUUAUGGAUAUGAUUAUAUGAAUUUUCGUUGUUGGAUUGGUUUAUGGACAGCACUUAUUCUAUUAAUUAUGGUUGUUACUGAUGCAAGUUAUCUUGUGAAAUAUAUAACACGAUUUACUGAGGAAAGUUUUGCUGCUCUUAUUGGUAUUAUUUUUAUCUAUGAAGCAUUUGAUAAAAUGAUUGAAAUCAAUCGUCAUCGAGCUGUUCGAUUACAUACAAAUAAAAUUUUACCAUCAAAUUGUUCAUGUUUAAUAUCGAAUAAAACAAGAAAUUGGAAUUUUUCUAUGACAAUAAAUGAUUGUUAUAAAACUCAAUCAUAUCAAUUUAUUGGUAUAGAUUGUAAAAAUUUAAAUGAUAAAACUUAUAUUCCUGAUGUAUUUUUCUUUUCAAUUAUUCUUUUUGUAUCAACAUUUGUUUUAGCAUAUACAUUAAAAAAUUUUAAAUUUAGUCGAUUUUUACCAAUGAAUAUUCGUUCAAAAGUAAGCGAUUUUGGUGUUGUUUUAGCAAUAUUUAUUAAUGUUUUAAUUGAUUAUCUUAUUGGUCUUGAUACACCAAAAUUAAGUGUACCAAGAAAAUUUGCAACAACAAAAGAAAAUCGUGGAUGGAUUAUAAAUCCAUUUGGAAGCAAUCCUAUGUAUAUGUGGUUUGCUGCAAUUUUACCUGCAUUAUUAGCAACAAUACUUAUUUUUAUGGAUCAACAAAUAACAGCUGUUAUUAUAAAUAGAAAAGAAAAUAAACUUAAAAAAGGUUUAGGUUAUCAUCUUGAUUUAUUAAUUGUAUUAUUUUGUAUUGCACUUAAUUCUGUACUUGGUCUUCCAUGGUUUGUUGCUGCAACAGUACUUUCAAUUAACCAUGUUAUUGCACUUAAACUUGAAUCAGAAACAGCAGCACCAGGAGAAAAACCAAAAUUUUUAGGUGUUAGAGAACAACGUGUAACUGGUUUUGUUGUAUUUCUAUUUAUUGGUCUAUCUGUAUUUUUAACAAAAUUUUUGGGUCUUAUACCAAUGCCUGUACUUUAUGGUGUUUUUCUUUAUAUGGGUAUAUCAUCUAUGAAAGAAAUUCAAUUAAUUUCUCGAAUAUUAUUAAUAUUUAUGCCUGAAAAAUAUCAACCAGAUUAUGUUUAUCUUCGAUAUGUUCGAACACGUCGUGUACAUAUGUUUACAUUAAUUCAAUUAAGUUGUUUAACGUUAUUAUGGAUUAUAAAAUCAAUAAAAAGUAUAUCAAUAUUAUUUCCUAUUAUGGUUUUAGCUCUUGUUGGAGCAAGAAAAGCAAUGGAUUAUAUAUUUACACGACGUGAACUUGAAUAUUUAGAUGAUGUUAUGCCAGAAGUUGUUAAAAAAGAAAUUGAAGAAAGAAGAAAUAGUAUUCUACCAGAUAAUAUUGAUAUUAUAAAUAAGACAAAUGAAAUAAUAGCAUUUGAUAGUGGAAAACCUCGUAUUGACGAUAGUACAAUAUCGAAAGUUCCAACACAAACUGUUCAAAAUAAUCAAUUAGCAAAUGUUAUGAAUUUUUCUGAAGAAGUUGGUAAAACAUUUCUAUGGAAAUCUAUAGCUAAAUCAAAAGAUAAAGAAGUAAUAGCAUCAGAAAAAAAACCAUCAAACAAUGAUAAAUCAUCACGAAGUUCAGGAAUUAAAAAAAGAAUUGGUAAAUUAGGUUUAAGUUUUCGAAGUUCUGAUGAAGAUCGAGCUUUAGUAAAUACAAAUAAUUCACAAUUACCAACUAUUGUUAUUGAACCAAUGGAAUCAUCAAUAUCAAAUGGUGAACAAGAAAGUGGAAGAACUAGUGUAGAUAGAACCAAUAGCGACAUUAGAUUGUGA